AUGCAAACAGUACCUCGGACUAUUUUACAGACAUUGGAGAAAGCCAUUGAGAGCCUCGACGGCCACACCCCAGCGGGCACAUCUCCGUCCAUUUCGCACCUACAGGCGCCAGUGGGAUUCCGUAAUAGGCUUAGCCUCCCUGCGGCUGCCUCUAUACUGCGGCCAUCCCACAACAAAGCUCUGCCCUCCUCAUCCAUCUUCGGUUUACUCUUCAAGCUUUCCAACGGAAAUCAAAACGCAACCAUGGAUCUCAACCUUUCCCCGCGUUCGAUUCCCUUCUCGAGCACCCCUGCCGAUGGCCUUCCUGAGAUGGCUCCACUCAACUCUACGAGUGCAACCAUGUUCGAAGACGCGUCUGUCCCGCACCAAGUCCAGGGCUCUGACUUCGAACUUGUCAUCCGUCAGCAACCUGAUCGGGCGCGCGUCCUGGGAGGCAAAAAGACGGGAAGUCACCUCAUCGACCCUCCCCCGAUUGUCCAAGUCCGGAUGCGAGACGAUGGGUCCGAUUUGGCACUGUACCUACAAAGUCGCUACUACUUUAUGGCCUGCAGCUUGCAUGAUGCUUCCGCCGAUCGUCCCGUGGUUGUCGCACCGAUGCCGCUCACUGGAACCCUCGUCUCUUCCCUUCGCCGACUGAAGGAUGACAAUAAUAAGGACGGAAGCUUCUGCGUCUUCGGCGACAUGACAGUCAAUAUCGAUGGUGAGUUCCGCCUCCAGUUUUCGAUGUUCGAGAUGCGCGACAAGCAAGCAAUCUUCCUAAAGUCCACCAUCUCAAACCGAUUCAGAGUCUGGCGUCGCAAGGAUUUCCCGGGCUACAUCCCGGCCACCCCCUCUCAUGCGUGUUUGCGACGCAGAAGGUAA